ACACACCCCAUCCCCCUUGACUGACCAGAGCCUGGGUUGGGGUCGAUUCUAGGGGUGAUUGAUUAUUCCUCGAGUCACCAAAACCUUCCCAGCUUCAGGAGGACCCUGGAUUCCCUGGCCCCUGCUCCCCCCGUCCACUCGGGAGCCAUGGAAGUGGCCGAGUCCAGUCCAACGGAGGAGGAGGAGGAGGAAGAGGACGAGGAGGAAGAACAGCAGCAGCAGGCAGCAGAGCCCCGGCCCCCGACGCGCUCCAACCCUGAGGGGGCAGAGGACCGGGCACUCGGGGCCCAGGCCAGUGUGGGCAGCCGUAGCGAGGGCGAGGGAGAAGCGGCCAGCACAGACGACGGCCCUCCUGGCGUGUCCGGAGCCGGCACCAAGCCCUGGCAGGUGCCCCCGGCUGCACCUGAGAUCCACGUGAGGACGCCGAGGGUGAACUGUCCGGAGAAGGUGAUCAUCUGCCUGGACCUGGCCGAGGAGAUGUCGCUGCCAAAGCUGGAAUCCCUCAGCGGCUCCAAGACCAACGCGCUGAACGUGUCACAGAAAAUGAUCGAGAUGUUCGUGCGCACGAAGCACAAGAUUGACAAGAGCCACGAGUUUGCGCUGGUCGUGGUGAAUGAUGACAUGGCCUGGCUGUCUGGCCUCACCUCGGACCCUCGGGAGCUCUGCAGCUGUUUAUAUGACCUGGAGACAGCACCCUGCUCCGCCUGCAACCUGGAAGGUCUCUUCAACCUCAUCCAGCAGAAGACUGAGGUGCCGGUUACCGAAAAUGUGCAGACCGUGCCACCCCCCUAUGUGGUCCGCACCAUCCUGGUGUACAGCCGGGCGCCUAGCCAGCCGCACUUCACCCUCACUGAGCCCGUGAAGAAAAUGCUGCAGUGUCCCUACUUCUUCUUCGAUGUCAUCUACAUCCACAACGGCGCGGAGGAGAAGGAGGAGGACCUGAGGUGGAAGGACAUGUUCGCCUUCAUGGGCAGCCUGGACACCAAGGGGACCAGCUACAAGUACGAGGUGGCCCUGACCGGGCCCGCUCUGGAGCUGCACAACUGCAUGGCCAAGCUGCUGGCCCACCCGCUGCAGCGGCCCUGCCAGGGCCAUGCGUCCUACAGCCUGCUGGGUGGGGACGAGGAGGAGGCCACGGCAGAAGUGGAGGCCACGGUGUGACCGGGCGCCACCAUCUGACUCACUGGCGCCACUGCCUGCUGAUCCCCAAAGGCUC